AUGCUUCUGAUCCCAAAGCCACGCAACCAACCCGGCCCGGGUGCCUCUCUGAGCUCCGGGAAGGCAGUCCGGAGAAGAGCCCUUCCUACGGUCGCUCCUCCAGCCCAGAGUCUGUCCACCCCGGCCCGGGUACCGCUGACGGCCAGCGCGAGGCGGGCUCCGGCUAGCCGGGGCUCAAGCGGGUGGGCGCCUGAGCUGCCGGGGCAAUUCGGACGUGGUCCGCCGGCCUCGCAGGCGCCAGAUCCUCCGCAGGGGCUCCCCAAAGUCUGGUCCCCCCGUCUACGUGAUCCUUUAAAAAAAGUUUGUAUUUCUUAUCUGGGAAGAUUUUACCAGGACCUCAAAGACAGAGAUGUCACAUUCUCACCAGCCUCUAUUGAAAAAGAACUUACAAAGUUCUGCCGUGAAGCAAGAGGCAAAGAGAAUCGGUUGUGCUACUACAUUGGGGCCACAGAUGAUGCAGCCACCAAGAUCAUCAACGAGGUGUCGAAGCCCCUGGCCCACCACAUCCCUGUGGAGAAGAUCUGUGAGAAGCUCAAGAAGAAGGACAGCCAGAUCUGUGAGCUAAAAUACGACAAGCAUAUCGACCUGAGCACAGUGGACCUGAAGAAGCUUCGAGUUAAAGAGCUAAAGAAGAUCCUGGAUGACUGGGGAGAGACGUGCAAAGGCUGUGCAGAAAAGUCUGACUACAUCCGGAAGAUUAAUGAACUGAUGCCUAAAUACGCCCCCAAGGCAGCCAGUUCACGGACUGAUUUGUAGUCUACCCGAUGCCUGCUGCACCUGAGGGGAAAAACACUUCAUCUGUGUCUGUCCCAAACAGCCUUUUUGUAAUUUAUUUUUUAGGCAGGCUCCUGACAAAGUCAGGCUUGAAGCCUGGAGCUUUCCUGAUGAUGCUGGGUCCACAGCGCCCCCUUGGGGGGGGAAUUCACUUUGUUCUGUUGCCGACUUAACUCUGGGACUUCAAAGUAUGUCUGGGAUUUUUUUUAUUAAAGGAAGAAAAUUUCUAGCUGUC